CACAUGGUCUCGCUGUACACUCUUUGGUCCCACCCUGACUGUCCCCUACCCCUUCUCAAAUCCACCAAAUUAUAUAUUAUUAUUUAAGGAAAAUGAUUUCCCAUAAUCCAAAUUAUAUUCCAACACUACCCUUGGCUUAUCCAAAAAUGCACCAUUUGUGUUGCCCCUUGACACCAGUUUAAAAGGGUGUGAUUUGAAGCUGCAUUUAGUUCCACAAAGAAACAACAUAUAGAUUAUAAGCACCUCCCCAUAAGCAAACCACAAAGGAAAGCUUGGAGAGAGACCCAAAAACAAUGUCUAAGGAAGUGAGUGAAGAAGGACAGGGUCGUAAGGACUAUGUGGACCCUCCACCGGCACCUCUGAUUGACAUGGCUGAACUCAAGUCAUGGUCUUUUUACAGAGCCCUCAUAGCUGAGUUCAUAGCCACUCUCCUCUUCCUCUAUGUCACUGUUGCUACCGUAAUUGGUCACAAGAAACAACAAGAUGCAUGUGAUGGUGUUGGUCUCUUGGGUAUUGCAUGGGCUUUCGGUGGCAUGAUCUUUAUCCUUGUUUACUGCACUGCCGGUAUCUCAGGUGGACACAUUAACCCUGCGGUGACUUUUGGGUUGUUUUUGGCCCGUAAAGUAUCUCUCAUCAGGGCUGUGGCUUACAUGGUGUCACAGUGCUUGGGUGCUAUAUGUGGAGUUGGGUUGGUUAAAGCUUUCAUGAAGCAUCCAUACAACUCCCUUGGCGGUGGUGCAAACACGGUGGCUUCUGGCUACAACAACGGAACUGCUUUGGGAGCUGAGAUUAUUGGAACUUUCGUACUUGUCUACACUGUUUUCUCAGCCACCGACCCCAAGAGAAGUGCUCGUGACUCCCACGUCCCUGUAUUGGCUCCCCUUCCAAUAGGGUUCGCAGUGUUCAUGGUUCACUUGGCUACCAUCCCCAUCACCGGUACUGGUAUUAACCCUGCAAGGAGUUUCGGUGCUGCUGUAAUCUACAACAACGACAAAGCCUGGGAUGACCACUGGAUUUUCUGGGUUGGUCCAUUUGUUGGAGCACUUGCAGCAGCUAUAUAUCAUCAGUACAUCCUUAGAGCAGCAGCUAUCAAAGCUUUGGGAUCCUUCCGCAGCAACCCCACCAACUAAAAAAAAAUCAACCCAAAUAGCUUUGUCUCCACUUCACUCUUUUUCUAUUUUCUCCAUUUGUUCGUUUGUGUGUAUGAGAAGAUUAUUAUUAUGAAUGAUGAUGAUGACCCUCUCCUUUUUAUCAUUUUUCUCUAUUUAUAAAUAUUUAAUCCUUUGUUGUUAGCUUUUGCUUCUCCCAUGUAUCACUGUUUUUUCACAUUGUGUGCAGUGUAAAUCUCUUUUAAGAAUUUAGAUAAUUGAUUCCUUAGUGUCGUUUCUUAAA